ACGCGAUUCUUAUUGUUCUCAAUGUCAGCUGACAAAUCAAUCCAAAGAAUUCACUUUUCGUGACAAAAAAAGGAAACACAAUCCUUUACACUGAGGAGCUGGAUAUCGAGUCAAAAUUGCCUUCAAAUCACUCAAAUAGUGAUAGAUAWACAUAUAUUUUUCAAUUGAAAAGUUGGAGAUUUAUACGUGGAGGUUUAUACGUCGAYUAUACAAGUUAUUCUUCAUAACAUAAAGAUUAUUGCUGUACCUUGUACUUUAGCAUGACUAGACAAAUACUGCAGCAAAAGGUCAGUCGACCUUGCGUCGGACAAAAGAAAUGAAAACAAACGCAAGCAGUUUCGAAAGUUCUUGUUUGAAUUAAUCAUCAUUGAACCUGAAUGCGGAACUAAGUAUUCUGGUGGUUCUUAUGGAAUUAUUAUAGACAUUGAAAUGCUUCUUGCUUGGUUAAUAACUUAUUUUGCUCUCCUACAAGUUGUCAACUGUGAUUAUGGUGAAAAUCCAUCUCUCGCACAGCGAAAAUUUACCAAGACAGGCAAUGUGACUCUCGCUGGAAUCUUCCCAGUUCACGUCUUCGGCUGCGGAAUUCAGAAUUUCCGUUGCAAGUACGUAGCUCUCUCUCAAGCGAUGGUCUAUGCUAUUGAACAAAUCAACAAAGACUCUUCGRUACUACCGAACGUCACGCUGGGGUUUGAGAUCUAUGAUUCUUGCUUGAUCAACCGAUAUGYUAUGGAAAUAGCUUUGGAAAUCUUAAACAGGAAGAAAUUACCAUUGUUGUAUGGCAACGAGGGCUCUUGCCUUGCGCACACGCACGGCUUAGGUGAAGUUCCUGUUGUAAUUGGUACAGGAAGUUCAGGAGGAUCUAUUCUUGUUUCUAACCUCCUUCAAGUGGAGAAUAUUCCACUCAUCAGCUACGCAGCAACGAGCGACGAGCUUAGUCGGAAGAAGACGUACCCAACGUUCUUACGUACCGUCCCCCCUGAUCGCUAUCAAUCUCAGGCAAUGGCUGAUUUAAUAAGGCAUUUUAAUUGGACAUAUGUCGCAGCAAUUGCUAUCGAUGAUGCUUAUGGAAGAUCCGGCAUCGCUAAUCUAAAGGAAAGCUUAUCAUCUCGUGGAAUCUGUCUUGCCAUGGAGAAAUAUUUCAGUGUUCACUCACAAGACAUGAACUCDACUCAGUUCCAAAUUUCCAGGAUCAUUUAUAAUCUGAAAAACUUGUCAAACGUCCAAGUAGUUGUUUUGUACGGUGAGACUGUUCAAGCUCAUCAYAUUUUCAAAGAGGCUCGAAGACAAAAGAUCUUUGGAAAGACGUGGAUUGCCAGCGAGGCCUGGGGCGAUGAUAGGAGAGUAUUGCGUCACCUUAGUGUCGUGAAAGGCAUGCUGGGUAUAGUGCAUCAAAAUAUUCAAGUACAUAACWUUAUUCAAUAUCUGAUGGACUUGACACCAAAAUACAAACCCGUUCAGUGGUGGGAGGAAUUCUGRGUAAAGUGCACUAACCAAUCAGCUUUAACCAGAGAAAUUUACAACAGGAAAAUGCAUACCCAGAUGUCAACAUCGGCCUUUAAUGCCGUUUAUGCUGUUGCACAUGCAUUGGACAACAUGCAUAAAUGUAAAGAGCCGCAUGGCUUAUUAGACGGUGGGAAAUGUCCUUCUCUCAAGCCCCAUGUAAACCCAAAGGACCUCCUGACCUAUCUAAAAGUUGUCAACUUCACAAGUCCAGUAUCUCGAGUAAGCUUUGAUUCUAAUGGAGAUACCUCAGGCUCGUAUGACAUUGUGAAUUUGCAAAAACGAAAUGGAUCUUGGAAAUUUAUUCCCGUCGGGUCAUGGGAAGCUAUGGACUCCUCACAGCUUCAAAUCGAUGACGAAGAAGUUAUGUGGAAUGGCGACAGCAAAGGAGAGGUUCCAAAGUCCGUGUGCCAGGAAAUAUGUCCGCCUGGAUUCUGGCAGACGGAAAAGGUUGGAUGUUGCUGGCAGUGCAUCAAAUGUGACUUGAACGAGAUCUCGGAAGAGUAUAACUCGACGAUGUGCACCAAUUGUCCUGAAGAUUACAUUCCUAAUAAGCUCUUAGUCAUCAUAAUAUGGGUGUCUGUUGAUCCACCACGCCCUUAUAUUGAUAAAUCAUCACGUGACGAGUUCAUUCACACGUGUAAACCAAGCAGUGAGUCAGCAGGCAUGGUCUGCAGUUACAUACUCAUGUCCAUUCUCAUUUUGUUUUCUCUGGUCUGCUGUUACCUCGCCUACAAGGCAAGGAAUCUUCCACAUAACUUCAACGAGGGCAAAUUCAUAGCAUUCUCGUUGUACAUUUUGUUGUCUUCAUGGCUUACGUUCUACCCCGUGUUUUUAAACAUACAAGAUAUAUACACUGUUGUCGUUCUUUGUGCAACGACAUUGGUAUCUGCUUCGGGUAUUUUAGUGUGCAUGUUUGUGCCAAAGAUUUAUAUCAUCUUGUGGACGCCCGAGAAGAAUACCAAACGGUAUAUACAGGAGCAAUUGACUAGCCAUGCCUUCAGGCGGAACACUAUCGAGGCCCCCACAACAGCCAGUCAAGGUACUUGAAAGGCGGACGCGCGACUCUCACGCCAAAACCUCUCUAGACAACUCAGGACUGGUUUGAUUAACUAGAGACUUAGAGUUACUCUAACUUCUGUGAAUAGCUAUUGAUAAAUAUGACAUUAGAAUAAAUUUAUAUGAGAACGCAUUAAUCCUUACUUAGCAGGAGCUUUUGUAGCGCCAUUCUCGAUUUUAUAAACAGGAAACCCAAGAGCGGAAUAUGACCGGAUGAGACGGCAGUGAGCGGGUGGGAUUUGCCAUAUGCCAGGGCGUAUCUCUCCAGACGUUAUUUUGUCAAAUACCAAGAAUGCCUAACGUGCUUGGUUGAUGAAGUACUCAUUUGCUUUCUUAACCAAUGACUUCCUUCCGUCAGAUUAAUUCCUCUUGGUAUAUACAUGUUCUGAUUUCAACACCCGGUGAGAAAUAAGUCAGUUGGUACGGAUCACUAAAAUCGUAAACAUAGACUUAACUCAUGUUUAUGAUAUUUCAGUUCUUGCUCUGGUGUGAAAGCCUGAUUUUCAGUUGUACUGGCUUAUUCGGAAACUCUGCUGCUUUGAUAAACAGAAUGUUGUGAUAGAAUAUAAUAAUAAUAUAUGAUAAUAUUUUAUAUAAAAAUAUAAGAAAGCAAUGUUUUGUAAUAUAAUAUUCAUGAUAACUUUAACUUGAUAUUAAAAUAGUGAGCUGUAAUUAYAAGUUUUUUUCUAAAU